AUGGCAUUUCGCUCUAUUUCCUCCCUGUUGUGUCUUUCUGCGUCAGCAUCGGGUUUGAACUUCAAUGUGCCUGCAUCCCCACCCUCCAACUCCAGUGGUCAGAUAUCUGCAGCUCCGGUUGGAGUCUCUCUGGAGUUCUUCACUUUCCCAGAGUACAUUCAAGAUCUCCCUUCGACCACCACAUGUCUGCAAAACCUGAAAGACUUGACGGGCACAUGGCCCCCCGUGAGGAUCGGAGGGACAACACAGGACCGUGCAACGUACGAUCCAUCGUCAAGUGAGGCCGUCACAUAUACUGUGGCUAGCACUAAGGAUGCUCCUGCAUCGUUAACUUACGGUCCUUCGUUUAUGUCUUUGGCUUCCGAAUAUGCCGGAAAAGUGAUUAUUGGACUCAACCGUCGAUUGGACAACAUUUCGAAUACUAUCGCCGCAGCACUGGUGGCGCAGAAAGAUAUGGACAACCUAUAUGCCAUUGAGCUUGGCAAUGAACCCAAUUUCUUUGUUGACAGCGACCCCAUCGCCCGAGGUGCAUCCUGGACUGCUGCGGCCGAUGAAGCCUCUCAAAUCGAGUGGCAAGAUGCGGUAUGCGGAAACCUCUCUGCCUCCGACAUCAUCUCGGCAGGUGUCUACUUUGGCACCUCUCCAAUGAGCCUUGUCGGGCUCACCGCGAAAGAGGGUGACUCCAACGCCUAUGUCAAAGAUUAUUGCUCUCACAACUAUCCACAAUCCUCUGGUAGCUACAACCUGACUGCGCUUAUGAAUCACAAAGACAUUGCAACUCAAGUUAAGCCAUAUGCUGCCGAGAUUUCCGCCGCAUCUGCGAAAGGGAAGCCACACGUCUUUGGGGAGACCAACUCAGCAACACAAGGUGGAGGUGGUAUCAGCCCAACCUUUGGCGCUGCCCUCUGGAUUUUGGAUUAUGUGCUGCAGACUGUUACUAUGGGCACGAAUGCCCUUUACUUCCACCAGGGCACUAUUGGAAACUGUAUGGAUACCUUCCACUCUCCAACGAAAUGUACUAAUAAUCCAGGUCAAUACUGUUGGUGGGGUCGAUACAACAUGGGAUCGCCAUACUACGGGGCCUAUUUCGCCACCAUGGCACUAGCAAAUGCUGACCAGGUCGCACCUUUGGAUGGCCAAGAUUCUUCCUAUGCUGCUUAUGCGAUCUACAAAUCUGGUGCCCCCGUGAAGGUUCUCCUUUACAACUCCGACUACUAUACAACUGGCACGCGCUCGUCACAGACAUACUCGCUUUCUGGCCUCACUGGCUCCACUGUCACCGCUAAGCGUCUUACUGCCCCGAACGCCACAUCCCGAGUUGAUCAAGGCCAAGUUCCCACUGUUGCAGGCCGUACUUUUGCUAAUGGCACCUGCGCGAUACAAGGCACUGAGGUUGUGGAAACGGCAACUGUUUCUGCUGGAAAGGCCACAUUCACUGUAGGGGCUUCAGAGGCUCUCCUGGUGUUCUUGUAG